GCACGCAGCUAUCAACUGAAGGUGGCUUUGAGUGGGGAGUUAUUACGAGAGCGGAGUAAAUGUUCAGUUAAUUUAUUUUGAUAACCAAUAAAGUUAAUUAUUCAAUUACAUAUAUUUGCAAAAACACAUUUUAUUGAAAAUAUUUGUGACGAAAUCAACCAUUAAGCACUGUACAUUAGGACAUUUUUCGCACAUGUAAUCAGGUAAUGUAGAACCAGCAUGGUAUUUUACACUCGAUUCGCUUUGCAUUUAAAAAGGAACUCUCAAGCGGCAUUGUUGGCAUGGAAAUAUCAAUGUAACUCAAUUAUAGCCCAACGUUCACGUCGUGUGCAACAAAUCAUCACUUUUUAUCAUCGUGUUUAUGGAUCACAAGCUCUUAAACUUAUUAUAGAAUCAUAUCAAAAAAGAUUAAAAUCACAUCUUGAAAGGAAAUUUUUAGUAUGUGCUAUUGGUUUGAGUGCUGCUGUUUCUGGACGUAAUGGUGAUUGGAGAUGCGAUCGAAUAAGCAUAAGAAAUUUUGAUAACUGCUCCAGAGAUAUUGAAUUUAUUCAAAAACUGCAACACAAUAAAUUAUGUGCAAAAUGUCGAGAACGACAAAUGAAAUAUUGUUAUUGUCAUAUAAACAACAAAGAGUGCAAUGAGACAACAAACACAAAAUUGACUAUAAGUAAUUGGCGAUCCCUAAAUAAUAACAAAUGGGGUAUGGAAGAUGGUUUAGUUAUGAUUGAGGAGGCAAAUCAGAAUCCUUGGGAGCCUUAUUUGAGUAAAAAUGAAUUUUCAAUUUGGCGACGAGAAGAGUCUUCACUCAGAUAUGCUUACAAGGUAUAUGCAAGUUUUGAUGAUAUUACAGCCAUUGAUUUGUUACAUGUCCAAACUGACGUUAACUAUAGAAAAGAAUGGGAUGAAACUGCUGUAAGACUCGAAAUCAUUGAAGAGGAUCCUGAACCUUGCACGAACUCACAUCUUAUAUAUUGGGAAAUGCAAUGGCCCCGUUUCUUUGCCAAUCGUGAUUAUGUAUACAGUCGUAGAUAUAUUAUAGACGACGAACAUAAACUUAUCAUGAUAUGUAGUCGCGGUAUUACUCAUCCAAAUUUUCCUGUGUCAGAUGAAAAAGUACGUGUUGAUAACUAUUGGAGUUACAUGGUUAUAUCUCCAUUUGGAAAAUUUAAUGAACCAGGAGUACAUUUCGUAUUGACAUACUAUGACGAUCCUGGAGUUGCACUGCCAGAGAAAAUUAAAUCUUGGGUGACACAACAACAAAUGCCAGACUUUUUGCGUAGAAUGUAUGAAGCAACAAAAAACUAUUCAGAAAAGCGGACCUUAAAAAUGAAUAGAUUACGCAAUAGAGGAGAGUUAAGCUUAACAGCUGUCCCAUACAGUGCCAAUGUGGUAAAUUCGAAUUUUUUAUGGCGCAUUGGAAAUGAAAAAUCUAAUGAAAAAUAAGUUUUGUUAUAAUUUUAUUUGAAUAUCUUUUAGUUUUCAUAUUGGAAAUGGAAUAAGAAAUUUAUUUAUAUUUUUAUUUUUGUAACCAGUUUUAUAUUAAUUAAAAUU